AUGAAGCGUCUCAACCAAGCUCUGCUGGCGCUUUUUCUUGCAUGUGGUGUUUAUGCCGAAGGCGAGGGUCUCCAUAGUCUUGGUGAGCUUGAUGGCGCUCCUCGGGCCCAACCCACUAUCGAGGCAGUUGUUUCGGUCAAUGAGGAUGGAGACACGAUCCGCACAAAGACGAACCCCGUUGCUGCCACGCCUACAUUGCAAGAAACUUCUCGCACAACCCUUGUUGAAAUACCGAUAUCGACGACUAUCCCCGACGUGACACAGGAUACCAAGCCUGUGUCACCAACAGUACCUCAGGAGCAACCAACAGAUGCAGAGGGGCCAAGCUACGCCGACAGAUUACAGCAGAAACCGCAACCUCCUCCCCAAAAUCCCCAUCCGGCCCAAAACCCUCACCCCGACCACCGUCAAGAUCAUCAACGCAAGUGGGGAAUUUCCUACUCACCAUACAACGCGGAUAGAAGCUGCAAAACCCAAGACCAAGUUAACAAGGACCUUGAUAAGUUAACGGAGUACGCCUUUGUCCGCAUAUAUGGUACCGAUUGUGGCCAAACAACCACCGUCGCCAGAGCAGCACGACAACACCAUAUGCAGGUCUUCGCCGGCGUCUAUGACUUGGACAAAUUCCCCGAAAGCCUCAAGGCAUUCAACGAUGCAGCCACUAUGCCCGGAGGAAAGAAAGAUUGGUCCGUGUUCCACACCAUCUCCAUCGGCAAUGAACUCGUCAACAGCGGGAUGGCAGCACCUGCAGACGUGACCAAAGUCGUGAACCAAGCUCGAACCAUACUCCGCAAGCAGGGAUAUCAAGGACCAGUCGUGACUGUCGACACCUUCUCCGUCCUUCUUAAACACCCAGAGCUAUGCAUUGUAUCGGACUAUUGUGCCGCCAACUGCCAUGCCUUCUUCGACGCAACCCAGCAGGCAUAUAACGCGGGACCAUAUGUUCUCGAACAGGCCCACGCUGUCUCCGCUGCAGCUGGCGGUAAACGCACAAUGAUCACUGAGUCUGGCUGGCCACAUGCUGGUCAGUCGAAUGGCGCGGCUGUACCGUCGCCUGAGAAUCAACGCGUCGCGAUUGAGAGCAUUCGUCGUAGCUUUGCACACCGCGAGGAUGAUCUUGUGAUGUUCGCUGCCUAUGAUGACCUCUGGAAGGAGGACAACCGAUACACAUUCAAUGCCGAGCGGUUCUGGGGCAUCUAUAAGGGGUAG